GUCGCAAAAUCUCGCGAGACUUUAUGCGCCAUUUUGAGGAUCAUCUUCGAGGGUCAGCAUCUCCAUCGGGCUGACCUCUAAAUUUUCGCUCACAGAAAGCCGGAGAAAAAGUGAGAUGCCAACUCUUGAUCAGCUCCCAACCUAUGAAGAACUCGAUGUCGAUGAGGUGAAUGUCACCUCCGCCGUACUGAAGGCUGGAGCCCACCAUUAUGGCAAAUACUGCGACAAAGUCAACAAGGAGUUCAUGCUGUGUCGAUGGGAGGAGAAGGACCCCCGGAAGUGUCUGAAGGAAGGCCGGGAGGUGAAUGAGUGUGCCCUGGACUUCUUCAGAAAGAUCAAAGGCACCUGUCACGACUCCUUCACAGAGUACUGGACCUGUCUGGACAACACCAAGAACAUGAGACUGCGACAUUGCCGUAAGCAGCAGGCAGCAUUUGACCAGUGUGCGCUGGACAAGUUGGGCUGGGUCAGACCAGAGCCUGGGGAACUUUCUCAGGUGACCAAAGUAAAGACAGAACGUCCCAAACCAGAGAACGUAUACAAGUCCCGCCCCCGCCCUGAACCCAACCCUCCUCUGGACCCUGCACUGGAGCUGAAACCCUCCCACGGUGGCAGCCGAUUCUUCUUCUGGUGGUGAUGAGUGUU